AUGCAAGUAACCUUACUGGAUGACGCAAUAAAGAAUGUGAUUUUGAAGCAAGCAGCUUUCGAAAGGCGUGUCUAUUCCCGAUUCGAACUUUUGGAUCUAAAGAAAAGGUGCAAAGAGUAUAAGCCUCCGGUGUUUAUCAUCGACCGCUUCUUAAAAAGAAAAAAUGGCAAGGAUUUUAUAUUCCACAGCCAUAGAAAUGAUCAUGUUUCAUUCGCCCAGUACGGUACACCAACAGACCGGAAUCGCAGAGAUUAUGUUCCUGCAAGGCUGCCAAGAAAUAGCCCAUUUCAGCCUUUAAAACACAUUAGCGGAAUACUAAGCAAAAGAGGCUCGCGUGAUAAACGGAUAGAAACAAGCGAAUUUCAAGAGAAUCAUUUUGAUCUCACUGAGAAACCCGCCUGGUACACAGAGGGACCUAAAAAUAUUGAUGAUCAGAUGGAUUUUGAUGAUAUGAAAAUGCCUCAAUUUCAUGAUCAAGCCAUUUGCAAAAUUGAGUGUAUCGAUUCUUCUAACAAAGAUAAAAUUUUGUUGUCCUUAUGUCAACAUGUAGCUACGACCCAAGAAAAAACCAGCGAGAAAAGCACUAAUUCAAGAUCCGUGGAAGAAGGACCUAACAUGACUGUUGGCGAACCUUUUGCCAGCACAUCAGGCCCAGUGGCUAAAUCUAAACAAAAAUGCGUUCGAAUCUACACUCUUCGUGAAAUUGAAAAUGACUUACAUGUGCGGAAAAAAUAUGACGACAUUUCAAAUGAUCUUACGGCAUUCAACAAGCUGCUUGCGAUUGUUGGGUUUCAAGAUAACGAUAGUCAACAACAAGAGUUAUCGUCUGAUUCAGCAACUUCAAAUUUAAGUACGGCUGUUGAUAAGGGUGACAGCGGGGAGCAUGAAAAGGUUGUUUUGCAAGCUUUAAAUCAAAAAGAUGUUGCCGCGUUGUCAGAAGUACAAGCGAGUCCCCUAGAUAGCGUUUGUCCACCAAAAGACUACACUGGUUGUACAACUCGAUAUCCGACACAUUUAUUUAAUCAAGCAAGCAUUGGACAUACAAAUGCGGCUUCAGCAAGCGCCUUUAUUUGCCAAAAAAUGGACUCUUUUAACUCCAUUGAUUCAGAAGCACAGAGAAGUGCGCAAAAUUUGGGAUCUCUGGGACAACAGUGCUCUUUUGAUUCCAGCUAUGAAGAUAUGGACAGUGACCAAUUCGGUGAUAUGAUACAACCGAUGGAUAGUUAUGACUACGUUUCUCACGGAGUCCCUUUACGUAAUUCCCUGGGGUUUCCUGUUGGUACUGGUGUUAAUAGAAUAGGAAGCAGAGUUUUCAAUCCAAUGGAAUUUCAAAAUGGGAAUAAAUUCCUUACGCACCAGCCCUUACAACCAUUCAUUCUGCAACGGAUUCUUCAACAACAGCAGCUCGUCAAAUGCAUUUAUUUGGCAGAUUCAGCGCUCCAACUAUUAAACCUGCGAAACAACACCAUGGGCUUCUUGCCCGGCUAUCAGGCUCAAGUGCACCCCUUCCCCUAUCCCCACCUCACCAACUCUAAUGCCGUUAAUUACCCGCUCUGCAACCAGUUCUCCCAACAUCAUCAGCAGCAACCGACGAUGACAGCAGCAACCGCAACGAAUGGAAUUGGUGAGGGUGACCUGGGCAAUCCCGACGCCUCAAGUCCGAACUCCAUGUCGCAGGUGAUGGAGAACAAGCACUGUGAAAGCUUCCCCACCGCAGCAGAGGGGAUGGAGUGCUAG